ACUUAAUCAAAGAAUGACGUUGUGAAAGUGCAAUUGAAAUGCGUCUUUCACUAGAAAUCAACGAGGAAAAGAGGUCGUAUGUUCUGCUAAGAUCGUAGUUGAGGGGAAGUGAAAGAGAAGAAGAAAUUUUUUUGAUUGUUUCGAAAGAGAAGAAGAAAAUUUGACGAAUUCGAAAGAGAAACAUUCAACGAUAUGGGUGGGAAAAUCAGAUAUCCAAAAGUUUUUCUCGGAUUCAUUUGGACUCUUCUUUUACUAACUUCCUAUCAAGUUAUCGCUAAAUCUCGUGUUCCCAUCUCUGACUCAGAAAUUCGACACAAGAAAGAUGAGUGCUAUGCCGACAUAGAGAGUGGAUUGUGGGGUCAACAUUGCAAGUCCUCGGUGAUAGCCAAGGAGAAUUGUGCUUUACAGUGCUUGUCUCCAGUCUGUUAUGAGCUCAUCUACAAGAGUGAUCCGUUGGAAGAAGGAGAGAAAGAUUACGUGAGGAGUUCAGAGUACAAGUACUGUAUGCACAGGGUCUCUCUUGGAGAGAGUCUAGAUGGUAUUAAAGGUUCCUUCGACUUCUAGCAACAACUUGACAGUAACCCUGCACGACAGUGCGAGCGUGAUUGUGGCAGGAAAUUUGGUUUACCAGGAAAGCUGAUCAAAUAAUGGUCGGGGAAUGCCGGAAAAGGCAGAAGCAAGACAUUUUGUAUAUUUGGUGUGUGUAUCGAACAGCUAAGAACUUGAGAUGUUUUGAUAGUCUUCAAGAAAACCUAAAAAAGAUACAUAGCUACGAGACUUCCAAUUUGAAGGUAUUCAAUUUAUUGUACUAGAAUAUUUUAGUGAGAAAUUUCUAUAUGAGAUGUCCUAGCCGCAGACGAUUUGCACGAA